AUGAAGGCCAGUCCAGGCCGGAGCGGAGAAGUGGAUGCGGCACCCAUGACCCCUGAGUCAGUCCGGGGGGCCUCUGGAAUAAAAAAAGGGUGCCCAUCCACUUGCUAUUUUCAAGAAUCAGUCGGACCCAAAUCGAGGUAAGCUUUCUUUUUAUGUUAUUUUGUUUGGCAUUUUGGUCACAAAUUAUGGGAUUCUUUGGCAUGUUAUGCUGGACCUCAGCCUUCGCUGGACUGGGUUAGAUCCGGGAGUUUAGAUAUCUCUAUUCUUUUGGUUGUUUGUUUUCUAAAAACAAUUGUCGGAAGUUAUGAGUUAGAUUUACCCUGCUUGAUUUUAGCUUUCGGCUGUAGACCUGAUAUUAUACUAGGUUUGAAGCCUUAAAAAAGUGUAAAAAGAAUUAAUUUUCUAUUUUAUCUGCUAUUUUUUCAGAAUUACGCCAAAAUGGUCUCCAUUUGGGCCACCCAAUCGCUGCAAAUUGUAACCAUUGGACCGAAAUCGAGGUAACUUUGAUUUUUUGUAUGAAAUUUAGGUCAAAAGUAGGGGAAAUUUUGGCGAUAUUGUCCUAGGCACCAACCUUCACUGGUUAGGAAACCCGAUUUUUUAAAAAAUUUUCGGUAUUUUUACAAUUUUUUUACCUUGAGUUGGCUAUUGAUUGACGCAAGGUUAUCCGUUAUUUUCUUUUGCAGAAUUACGCCAAAAUGGUCUCGAUUUCGAGCAUGAUGAUGCAAGUCAAAGCUCCGCCGGUACCACUGAGGAGUCCGAACAGCAGUGAAUUGAAUCUUUAA